AUGAACCCCAUGGCGCAGCUGUACUACAACAAGGCCCGUAACUCCCCGUACCGCGGUCGCAUCCCACUGCAGAUCGUGAGGGCGGAGGUUGAGCUAUCUGCCAAGGAACGAGCCUACCUGACGGCGGUGGAGAAGGGAGACUAUGCUGGAGUUAAACAGGCCCUUGAGGAGGCCGAGAUCUAUUACAACAUCAACGUGAACUGCCUGGACCCAUUGGGCCGCAGCGCACUCCUCAUCGCUAUUGAGAAUGAGAACCUGGAGGUGAUGGAGCUGCUGUUGAGUCAUGGCGUGCACAUGGGCGAUGCACUCCUCUAUGCCAUCCGCAAGGAGGUGGUGGGAGCAGUGGAGUUACUGCUAUCCCACAAGAAGCCAAGUGGCGAGAAACAGGUUCCUUCUCACAUGAUGGACACACAGUUUUCGGAGUUUACACCCGAUAUCACACCAAUCAUGUUGGCUGCCCACACUAACAACUACGAGAUAAUCAAGCUCCUAGUUCAACGAAAAGUCACCAUCCCACGGCCACACCAGAUCCGCUGUGACUGCGUGGAGUGUGUAUCGAGCUCCGAAGUGGACAGCCUUCGGCACUCCCGUUCACGUCUAAACAUCUACAAAACUCUUGCCAGCCCCUCCCUCAUUGCCCUUUCCAGCGAAGAUCCCAUCCUCACUGCGUUCAGGCUGGGCUGGGAGCUGAAGGAGCUCAGUAAGGUGGAGAACGAGUUCCGGCAGGAGUAUGAGGAGCUGUCGCAGCAGUGCAAACUUUUUGCUAAAGACUUGCUGGAUCAGUUUGUAGCUCAGCCCAACUGCCAGCAGCUCCUGGCAACACUGUGGUACGAUGGGUUCCCAGGUUGGAGACGACGUCACUGGGCAGUGAAGCUUGUCACUUGCUUCAUCAUUGGUCUGCUCUUCCCUGUCUUCUCCCUCAUAUACCUUCUGGCUCCAAAGAGCACCCUGGGAACCUUCAUCAAGAAACCUUUCAUCAAGUUCAUCUGCCACACUGCCUCCUACAUGACCUUCCUCUUCCUCCUCCUCCUCGCCUCACAGCAUAUCGUGCAAACUGAUCUGCAUGUACAGGGACCUCCACCCACCAUUGUGGAGUGGAUGAUCUUACCCUGGGUUCUAGGCUUCAUCUGGGCGGAGAUUAAAGAGAUGUGGGAUGGCGGUUUCACAGAGUACGUCCAUGACUGGUGGAACCUGAUGGAUUUUGCAAUGAACUCUCUCUACCUGGCUACUAUAUCUCUUAAAAUGGUGGCCUACUUUAAGUACAACAGCUCUCGUCCUCGUGUGGAGUGGGAGAUGUGGCACCCUACGCUCAUCGCCGAGGCUCUAUUCGCCAUCGCCAACAUCUUCAGCUCGCUGCGUCUCAUCUCUCUGUUCACCGCCAACUCUCACUUGGGCCCACUGCAGAUCUCUCUCGGCCGCAUGCUGCUGGACAUCCUCAAGUUCCUUUUCAUCUACUGUCUGGUGCUGCUGGCUUUCGCCAACGGCCUCAACCAGCUCUACUUCUACUAUGAAACGAAGGCGUCCGAAGAGCCCAACCACUGCAAAGGGAUCCGUUGUGAGAAGCAGAACAAUGCCUUCUCUACACUGUUUGAAACUCUUCAGUCUCUCUUCUGGUCUGUGUUUGGGCUGCUGAAUCUGUAUGUUACCAAUGUGAAGGCUCGUCAUGAGUUUACCGAGUUUGUGGGGGCCACCAUGUUCGGCACUUACAAUGUCAUCUCACUGGUGGUGCUGCUGAACAUGCUCAUCGCUAUGAUGAACAACUCUUACCAACUCAUUGCUGAUCACGCGGACAUCGAGUGGAAAUUUGCUCGUACCAAGCUGUGGAUGAGCUACUUUGAUGAAGGAGGGACAUUACCACCACCCUUCAACAUCAUACCUAGUCCGAAGUCUGUGUGGUACCUGUGUAUGUGGCUGCACUGCCGUCUGUGUGGACAUGGAGAGCCUAGACAUGAGGAGUGUAAACACGAAAACCUCAAAGAGUUCACGGAAAGGCAUGCCGAUAACCUUAUUCAGAACCAGCACUACCAGGAGGUGAUCAGAAACUUGGUAAAGCGAUAUGUUGCAGCCAUGAUCCGCAGCGCCAAAACAGAUGAAGGGCUGACAGAGGAGAACUUCAAGGAACUUAAGCAGGAUAUCUCCAGCUUCCGCUACGAGGUUCUUGACCUGCUGGGCAACCGUAAACCACCGCGACGCACAUAUUCUUCUAGUAGCGAGGCCACUCAGCAGGACGAAACAGCUGAGCCCGAGGAAGAAGAGGACGAGGAGGGCGAUAGGCUCGGAGGACCCAGAUGUGGGGAUGGGGGAGAGUCAUCUAGAUCCAAAGCAUCUACGUCCUUCUCCCAGUGUUACAGGAGAAACCGAGAGUCCCAGUUCAGCGUAUCGGCUCUCUUCAAAUCCAUGUCGGGACUGGCCAGAGAAAGACCAGAAAGCAAUGGCUUGAGGAACAACAUAUCCCACUCGUCUGCAUUUGUGCGGACCAGCAGCCGUCUGCAGCGCUUUUCUCGCUCCAAGAAAAACUCUUUGCAACGUUUGGGAAUGCUAAUGUCUCGUAUGAAUGGACACGUCCCGGACCAACAUGCCGAGACCCCGGGAGAUCAGCAGUCCGCAUACAGCAUCUCAGACCAAGUACCGCAAACGUCUUGGCAUGGUCCGCCGAUGCUGUCGAAGGUAACUCGGAGCGAGAUGCACCUACACACGCUGGGACUGGGGCCGCCUGAGACUCAACAGAACCCAAUGCAGGCCACAUCUCAACGGGCAAACGGCAGGGACAGUCUCGUCCUCCGGCCGCCCAGCCACUCGCUGCACUGUGCUUCCAGCCUGACUGCCUCCAGCGCUCAGCUCUUGGCCUCCAGUGAUGAUCUGUGCCAUGGCUGGGUGGGACCUUGUGACAUUUUGGGCUCCUCCAGCUGGGAACAAGAGGAGUCGGUUACGACACAGCUGUAGAGGCGAAGUCAGCUCAUUAACGUAAUGUUUCACAGCUUCAGCCAGGGAUCUUCAACCCUGCUCCUGGAGAGCUACUGUCCUAUCGAUUUCAGCUC